CAAUUUAUAAAAUCACCUUGUAUAAUCCUAUUUUCCUGAUAUUUUUUUAUUACAAAAUAUAAUGUCUCGAUAUCUAUUAGCUCGAUUAAUCCUACGAAAUCGGCUACGACGCCAUUCGGCACGUCCAGCAACGCGGAAUCCUGCGUAGUGAUUGGUGAGUGAAUGUAAAAUAAUAAAUAAUGCAAAUAACUUACUCUGCCUUAUUCAUAGCGUUAACUGCCGGCCGAGGAGAUGCCAGGAACGAAGUCGGUUUGGCAGCAAUAGAUCUUCAAUACCCAUACUUGAUUCUCUGUCAGAUCAGCGAUUGUCAAACAUAUGUGAAUACUCUGACGAAAAUCAACGUUGUCGAUCCGAUAGAAAUACUAAUACCGGAAACGAUGUGCGAACAUCGUGGUCGUGGGAACAAAUUGUACAGAUCGAUCAGAGAGAAAUUUCAUGCACUCAACAUCACGCCGAUUUCGCGAAUACACUUCAACGAGUCCACCGGUAUGGAACGCGUGCGAACUCUAUGCGCCAGGGAAUAUUCAACCGUGGAGCUAAUAGUAAAGCAAAAAUCAACUAUGAAUAUCGGUGCGGCUAUCUGUUUCGAUCGUAGGUAUUACGCUUUAGCUGCUGCUGCGGCAUUGCUGAAAUAUGUGGAGUACAUUCAACAUAUGGUUUACGCUCCGAAAUCGAUGAGGAUAGAGUUUCAAGGAUCACCGAAUACCACAAUGAUCGAUAUAGAGAGUGCACGAAGUCUCGAACUGGUCGUCUCGCAGUCCAAGCAGUCCAUCGUGAGUUUGCUGGGUACGAUGAACCGCUGCUUGACCCCCAUGGGCAGAAGACUCCUGCGCGCUUCCAUUCUUCAGCCUUCGUGCGACGAGUGUUUAAUCGCCUAUCGACAAUCUUGCGUAGCGGAAUUAGUGGCAAAUUAUUCUCUGUGCACUAGUCUUCAGGUUGUCACAUGUGACUUACUUAGACUGACAUUUAGGGCGGUAUCCGUAGUUUGUUCUUAUUUUAUUAUUAGAGGAAAGCCGGUGGUACAACGCUUGUUCGGUACGGAUCGUUUAUUGAUGUUGGCGAUUAAACCUCUGCACGUCAACGACAUGCAAAAUGCGGAACGAAAUUUAAAUUAUGCGCUACUCUUAAAAAGCUGCCUGGACACCAUUCCGGAAUUGGAAGCGAUUCUUGCGACCGGUGUUCAUCCGUUCUUUGUAAAAACACGAAAGGUUUGCUUUCUAGCAAAUAUUAUAAUGUUAUCUGUUCGUGAUUCAUUCACGUUGAUCACGCAACCAAUGGUUCCAUGCUUGCAGAACUUAAGAAACUCAGAAUUUCAAGUUAUGAAGGAUAAAAUUUUAACACUGAUACAUAUGGACGCGAGAUUCGUGAAGGGAUGCACUUCCUUGAGUAUGCAGCGGUGUUUCGCUAUAAAAGCUGAUAUCAACCAGUUAUUGGAUGUCGCUCGCCAAAUUUAUUGCGAGUUGAUCAGCGACAUGAAAAAUAUGGUGGAACAGUUAGCUGUGAAACACAAGCUUCCAUUAUCCUUAGAAUACAGCAUAAAUUUGGGUUACCAUAUAAAUGUUGUCAUACCAAGAGGUUCAAACAUGACAAUCUCGGACUUACCGGUGGAAUUUAUUCAGGCACGAAAGAACAGAAGGUCCAUCACAAUGACAACAACGGCGCUAUUAACAUUGAAUAAACAAUGCAAAAACGCUUGCGAGGAGAUUUACAUGAUGAGUAACACAUUGUUGACCAAUUUACUGGAGGACAUUCGACAACACGUCGGCUGCUUAUUUCAAUUAAGCGCUGAUGUGGCGGAGUUGGAUUUAAUUUUAUCGUUGGCGCAAAUCAGUUCUAAUCCAGAAUACGUGAGACCGUCAUUUGGAGCGAAAUUAGAAUUAAUAAACUCGUUACACCCCAUUAUGGAAUUAUUUAACAGAGAUCUUCCCGUGGCUAACGACGUGAACGCUUCGAUUACGCAUAAUUUUCACCUGAUAACUGGACCGAAUAUGAGCGGCAAGUCUACGUAUUUAAAGCAGAUCGUUCUACUUCAAAUCAUGGCGCAGAUCGGUUCCUAUGUACCGGCAUCGAAAGCAACGUUCCGCGUUGCGGAUCGCAUACUUUGUAGGAUUAGCUCUCGCGAUGACGCCGAGCUCAAUGCAUCCGCCUACGUUCUCGAGAUGAAGGAGGCACAAUACAUCCUGCAAUCCGUCACGCCCAAGUCUCUCGUCAUACUUGACGAGCUUUGCAGGCAUACUACAGUCGAGGAGGGUUCCGCCAUCGCUUGGGCGAUAUGCGAGAAAUUAUCGCUGACGACCGCAUUCACGUUCGCCGCGACGCACUUUUUACAUCUUACCGCACUGAGCAAUAUGUAUCAUAAUGUAACAUCCCAUUGUUUCGAGACGAAAACUGCGGAGUCGGAAGAAUCGAACGAUCUGCAUCUAAUAUAUACUCACAAAUUGAAUCCCGGAAGAGGACCUACAGAUCACUAUGGGAUCGCUCUAGCGGAAGUAUCCUCUCUACCAAAAUGUGUUACAAUUAAAGCGCGAGAAUACGCGUCCCAACAAUCCGUCAAUAUACAAAAUAAUAAUUUUCGAUCCAUCACGACUUCUCCAUCAUGGGAAAAAUCAUGUUACAAUGCGAUCGUUCAGCUACGCGCACUAUUGGAAAAUAAUCGUUUCACUUUCGCAAAUAUAAUAAGUAUCAUGAAACAAUUGGAUCUAAGCAAGCAAACGAAAAGAGCUGCGCAAGUUCAAGUAAAAUCCCCCAACGUCGUGCAGGAAUGUAGAGAACAAGAGAAAUGUGAAGAAGAAAAAAAUCUUGUUGUUGCGUCGAAUAAUAAUUUGACGAGGACAGAAGACGUCGUAUCCUUGUUACUAGUACCGAUGAAUAAAGAUGAACAAAAGGUGAUUGAAAACAAAGUCCAAGAUGAGCCGAUGGAAAUCAUUGAAAAUGACAAUCGGAAGGCAGACGAGUCGAUACAUGACGUUAUACUAAAUCAAAAGGCACUUUCAUUGCCAGAGACAGUCAAUAGAAGUCCAUCGACCGCUAAUCCAGACUUUUCUUUACUGAACGAUCCGCGAUUUUACGUUUGCACGUCGUUCACGGCGAGCACUCCAAAAAUAACAUUGCAAUUUUGUGAAGCAAAUCUAGGAUCGAGUUUUACUGCAAAUUCAUCGGUAGCGGCUUCUCCAUCCUUUAACGCUUCUCAAUCGAUCGAAUAUCACGAUUAUUGCUUAUCCGAGGGAGAAUUUGACAUCACUCUACCGUCUCAAUCAACUCCGAGUGAUAUAGCGAAGAUGACUGCGCGGUCGAAAGAGGCGAAGAUUUUUCGACAAAUCGAGGGCGGUGACUUUAACGAAGACAGUUUCUUCAAUGAUACACAAACAACAUUAAAAUUGAAUCUUUCUAUGGAUAAUGAUGACGUGAUGAUGUUACCAAUGUAAAUAAACAUGUUUUAUUAUAUCGUUGCGUUGAAAAGUGAC